AGAAUGGUAGGUAUAAAAGGUGGCUAAUGCAGUCAAGCUUUUGUAAAUUAAAACGGUGAAAGAAGCGACUCGGCGGGAAAAGCUUGGUGUGCUUGUUAUUCUGUUAUCUUCGUAUUCUUAACCGGACUUUGCGUGUGAAGAGACGGGAGAGAUUUGAAGUCGGUGUUGAGAAAGAGAGACGAUGAAGAUGCAGAUGAGACGGGUUGGAGUUGUUGCGCUGGUUGUUGCGGGGGUUGGUGCGGCGCCGCCUUCGAUGACGACGACACUCUCGGCUGCGGAGGAUGUGGGGAGGAGUACCAUGAAUGUGUAUCCGCCUUCUGGGACUCAGGCCGAUCCUUCGCUUUUUCCGCCGGAGUCGGUAGUUGGGUUUCCUGGACCGACACCAACUGGAGUCGAGCCCAAUGCCAUCGAAACUGCACCCUCCUAUCCGUAUAAUGAUCAGGCUGCAUUUUCCUGGCCACUGAUCAAGCCCCAGCCGCAUGGAAGCGGACCUCAAUCUCCUGACUUUGACAUUUCAAAGUAUUGGGGUAAUCUCAGCCCGUGGUACUCUGUUCGCAGCGCCGAUUAUAGUUUACCGGAUGCUAGUCCUUUGGCUCCAGAAGGAUGCGAGGUUACGCAAAUGCACCUGCUGUACCGUCAUGGAGCCAGGUAUCCCACCAGUGACGCUGCACCAGCGAAGUUCGCUUCGAAACUUGCCAAUACCACCAAAACCGGACUUUCGUUCUCUGGAGAACUCGCCUUCUUGAGCAACUGGAGGUACAAGCUAGGUGCUGAACUUCUUACACCAUUCGGUCGCAGCCAAAACUUCAUGCUGGGAGUUGAAUAUCGCCAGCUCUACGGCCAUCUCCUCAAUAACUUCACCCAAUCCGGAAAGAUACCAGUGUUCAGAACCCAAAGUCAAGACCGCAUGGUACAUACAGCCGAAAACUUCGCCGCCGGCUUCUUCGGCGUUCCCGAAUACCUCAACCAAGUCAACGUCGAAAUCCUUGUCGAAACCCGCGGCGUCAACAACUCCGGCGCCCCUUACGAAGUCUGCAACAACUCCAACAUCGCCUCUCGCGGUAGUAUCGGCAGCACCGUCGCCUCUCAAUUCGCGUCCAACGCCUUCAACGCCACACUUGCGCGCCUCCAAUCCCAAGCCCACGGCAUAACCCUAACCCCCUCCGACGCAAUCUCCAUGCUCCAACUCUGCUCCUACGAAACCCACGCUUUGGGUUCCUCACCCUUCUGCGCCUUGUUUAGCGAACAAGACUUUUUGAAUUACGAACACUACUUUGACCUCUCCUUCUACUACAACAACGGGCCCGGCUCCCCCGUAUCCGCUGCACAGGGAAAGGGGUAUCUAGACGAGUACAUCGCGCGUUUUACUCAUACGUUUCCUGCACCAAAUUCGGCACUGAACGAGACGUUUGAUAAUACAUCGACGUAUUUCCCGCUUGAUCAGAGUAUCUAUGCGGAUGCGACGCAUGAGGUUGUGGUGAUGGAUGUGCUUGUGGCGUUUAACUUCACUGCGCUGUUUAAAGGGAAGCCUUUGAGUGCACGAGGGGAUGAGGGUACGAAUACGUUUGUGGCGAGUAAGUUAGUGCCGUUUGCGACGCAUUUUACGACGCAGGUGCUUGAGUGUAGGGAGAAGGUGCCGAGUAGGCAGGUUAGGUUUAUUGUGAACGACGCUGUUAUCCCGAUCCACGAGUCUCAUCCUGGGUGUCCCGAGGACACGGAUGGACUUUGUGCAUUCGACAAUGUGGUCGAGGUACUCAGGAAGAGGAGUGCAGAGAUUGAUUUCGAGUAUGAUUGUUUUGCGAAUUAUACUGCUGUGCCUGGUGUGGAUUACAACGGGCGAGCACCAAGGUAG